UUAUUCCAGCCGCAUGUGGCUGAAGUAUAUAGUGCUUGUAGAAAGUUUCAUAUUGUCCGCCGUACAGGGGAGAUGCUGCCGAAAUUUCUUCGGACAGAGACUCCUCCGGGGCGUGACAAGUUUUAUGGUAAGGGAUUUUCAGAAAGUUUAAACGCUUAGAGCUUGGUCAGAUUUUCACUUGAUCAAGCUCCCUUACAUUCGGCCGGCUACUUAACUAAUCAGUUAUAUUAUUUCUUGAUUUUCAGAGUAAGACGUUAGGGCCCUUAUAUCCAAUCGGCUUUAUGGACAGUCGGCUUUAUUCGACUGGGCGUCUAUAGACAGCUUGUGUUCGAUCUACCUUCAUUCGACCGAUCUUAUACUAAGACUUUUAUAAGGCCAAGUGUCUUAAGCCCGCCCGGUCUUUACCUGACCGGGCGUACAUAGAUAGCCUUAUGUUCGAUUGACCUUCAUCCGGUUGAUCUUAUACUAAGACUUUUAUGAGGCCAAGUGUCUUUAAGCCCGCCCGAUUUUUACCUGGCCGGGCGUAUACAGAUAACCUUGUGUUCUAUUGGCCUUUAUCCGACCGAUCUUAUACUAAGACUUUUAUGAGGUCAAAUAUCUUUAAGCCUGUCCAAGCUUUACUCGUCGGGACAUACAUGGAGAGUCUUAUGUUCGAUCGACCUCUAUCCAGUUUUAUGGUAAGGGGUUUUCAGAAAGUUUAAACGCUUAGAGCUUGGUCAGAUUUUCACCUGGUCAAGCUCCCUUACAUUCGGCCGGCUACUUGACUAAUCAGGUAUAUUAUUUCCUGAUUCAGAGUAAGACGUUAGAGUCCUUAUAUCCGACCGGCUUUAUGGUCAGUUGGCUUUAUUCGAGCGUCCUACUUUGUAACCACUCGGUUAUGACCCUAAAGUUUUAUCAUGGGGCGAUCGACAGAGUCAUAUGAGAAGUGCUCCCUCAUUCUGAUUUUGAUCCCCACCUUACCUAACUUUGACCACCACGUUAUUAGAUCCGUUUGUCAUAAUCCGUAUCAAUCUAAUUGCACUUACCUAGCAUCUAAUUAGGUUGUGAACAUAAAUGGUGCUUUAAGAUUCAUGCAAGAAUUCACUUUAAGAUUCAUGCGUAAACAUAGUGGGUACCCUUCAAGGCAAGUCUAACUCCUUUUUAAGAAAAAUCUGUGGAUAUGUUUGUCUCCUAAUUAAAUUUUGAUAUUUAUUAAGUUUUUCUGACGCACGAUAUGAUUUUACAUAGGAUUUGCAGAUUAAGCAGAAGUAUCUUGUAACUUACUGUUGGAUGACAUGAGAAUGAAUAUUGAUGUUGCAAUUAAAAAGUUAGUAAAGGGCCUUUAAAUAUAAGCCCUUUGUUAUGUUAGAUUGAAAAUUAGACAUCUUAUUCCACUCAUUUACACUCAUGUAAUUCACUCAAUCUAUUUUUUUUCAAGGAACUUUUAUCAGAUUUUGAUAGUAACUAAUGAGCGUUUCUACUUCUGCUGUUCUCUAAUUUUUAACUGUUAAAAAGAUUUUUCUCAGUGUAUCUAAGAUGUCAUUGUCACAGUUCUCAGAAAAUUUUACAAUCUUGUUGUUCCACUACGACGGUCGCACAAGUGAAUGGGACGAAUUUGAAUGGUCCAAGAAGGCUAUUCAUGUCAGUGCCAUAAAACAGACUAAAUGGUGUGUGGAUCCUGAUUCCAUUUCUCAGAACUUGCUCUUUGUUUGAUAAUCCAGCAGUUAACAAUUCUUAUCCUCCUAAUUGAUACUUAAAGGUGGUUCGCAAAACGAUUUUUGCAUCAUGACAUUGUUGCUCCAUACGAGUACAUAUUCAUUUAGGAUGAAGAUCUGGAUCUUACUCAUCUUGCUGGAGAACUGUACUUGUUCAUGCCUACAUUCAAACCCUCAGAAACUGUGUAUAGUGCAGGUAUGUUACGUUGGUAAAAAAGCAUGGGCUGGAGAUCUCCCAACCUGAUGCUAUGCCAGGUAAUAGAAGUUUGGUAUGGCGAAUGACAAUAAGGCAAACAGGAGGUGAAGUCCAUAAAUGAGUUUCAAGUUGGCUUAUCUGUUUAGCUUCUGGUUUUCUUUAAUUUGAUUGCAUGAACAACCAAAGGUUUCGUUAACUGGAUUGGCAACGAUGUCAGUCAUCACUGUCCAUUCCAUGGUGUUCCACUGUGACACUGUCUAGUCGAUACGGUCGUCCAAAGUUUUUUCUUCCAUUAACCAUGAUUUUCAACCAUUGGACCCUAAGUAGCAUGAAUUUCUACCUUUUUAAACGAUAGAAAAGAAUACUUAGCUAGGAAGCCUUGCAUUUUCAGAAUCAACCUACGAGACAAACUGUGCAUGUCGAGCCAAAGUUCAGAUGAGAAAAACAAAAUUGUGUAGUUCGCCUAGACAUUCAACAUCAAAAUUUAAGCUGAGUAGUUGUAUCUGUUCUUUCUUUCUUAACUCAUUACUAAGACUAAAUGUGUUUUUCUUGCAGUUUCUGUUCUUUAUCUUCAAGUAAAUUUUUAAUAACUUAAGUAUAUGCUAUUCGGAUUAAACAGAGAAACAAAGGAGGCACAUGGCAGAUGCUCCGAUCCUCAUCUUCCUCCGUGUGCUGCUUUCAUUGAGAUGGCACCUGGCAUUGCAUAUGGCACAUGAUUCAGAAUGACUUGGUUGAUGGAUGGGGUCUCGACUUCUCACUCAGAAGAUGUGUGGAGGAGGGUCAUGAGAGAAUGGGACUGGUGGAUUCUCAAUGCAUCAUUCAUCGAGAAGUUCCUUCACUGAAAAAUCAGGUGCUCGCUCGAUGUAAAGCUGAGCCAGAACAGAUGGUAGCUCGGGUAUUGCCGCGCCCCCAUUUGGUCGGUAUGGUCCACACAAUCUACUCAGCGUGCCUCGGUCUGCUCUUCUGGUCCCACUCGAUCUACCCUGUCUGGUUCGCCAAGUAUGCCGGAGCUGCUCUGCCAGUCAAGUUCAGUUGGUUCACCUAACCCAUCAAGUUCACUUCGCCUAACCAAUCCACCUAGUUAGUCUUGCCCACCUGAUUCAUCAAAUUAGUUCGGUCUAUUUGGUUCUACAGGCCCAUCAAGCCCACUUGGGUGAACCAAAUUCCUAGAUUUGCGCAAUUGAUUGGGUUUGCCCAACUGAUUAAGCACGACCGGUCCAUCGAGCCCAACUUGUGUAAGGAAUCUAACACUAUAUUUUAUUUUUAAUAUAUCCAUGAUAUUGUUUUUACACCA